AUGGCUCUUAACAAAUUUAUGUUCCUAGCAUGUAUUUUGUUCGGCAUUGUUUUAAUUUUAUUUACGCUCUAUAUCAACUUUCCAGAACUUACUGACGAUGAAAGAGCUGAUUUCAAAUUACCAAAGGAUCUAAAACAAGCAAAACGAUUAGGUCUGGUUCUUUCGAAGUAUAAGGAUGAGCAUUAUUAUACUGUCCUAUUUGGUAUAUCAAUUGUGUACAUCAUGUUACAGUCAUUAGCUAUUCCCGGUUCAAUUUUCCUCACUGUUCUUUCAGGAUAUUUAUUUUCGUUUCCAAUUGCGCUAUGUCUAGUUUGUACAUGUUCGGCUUGUGGCGCACAGAUAUGUUAUUUCUUUGCGCUUAUGUUUGGACGUGAACGAAUUAUGGCAUUUGCACCGGAAAAAAUAAGCAAAUGGAAAAAUGAGAUUUCUGAUUUUGAUAGUCUCUUUUACUUCAUUAUUUUUUUGCGAAUAACGCCACUUUUGCCGAACUGGCUUAUAAAUCUUGCUUCGCCUAUAUUUAACGUUCCGAUUUCAACGUUUUUUUUCGGAACAUUGUUGGGUGUAGGACCACCGUCGUGUAUCUACAUUCAAGCAGGUGCAACUCUUCAAAGGUUAACACAUAUGGGAGCAGCUUGGUCGUGGAGCGCCAUAUCAAUAGUAGCUUUUACUGCAUUUCUGUCUUUGGUACCUAUCUUUUAUAAACGACUAGAUAGGGGCAAUGGAAUUUCUGAUAGAUUAGCAAAAAAUAUAAAAAGUUCGUAA